AUGGAUCAGAUUAUCCAUGGUAUCUACGUGUGUACACUUUUUAUAGAGAAAAGACUCUCUUCAGAAUGUGAUGAUCAACCUGUUGCGAUUGCUUUGAGAAAAAUGGAUGUCAAAGACACUCGCAGACUGCCUAGCAGCAUCAGGGGUCAUAUUAAACUUUAUGACAUCGUGUCCAAGCCAACAGAAAUAAAGUCUGUCAAAAAAGCAGGCAAUUAUAUUUGGCAGUUUACUCAUAACUUUAGCCUGGCCGGAACCUCUGAACCAACACUCAUAAUUGUCAAAUUUGAAGGCGAAACAGAUCAACCGUUCUGUCUUUCCCCGUUUCUCAACUUCUCAAACCACACUAGAUUUUCAGAGUUUUCUGACAUGAUUGUCAAGAUUGUUAAGAGCGAAAACGAAGAUGAUACAGAGUCUGGUCAUGAAACUCGAAUUUUUAGAUGCCACAAGAUUAUUCUAGCCACGGCUUCUUCCUGGUUUAAGAAUUUACUCACGAAUGGAAGCUACGACUCUAAGGAUUGGACUGUGACUAUACAGGGUAUAAAUCCGGAUAUAUUCAAGAAAGUUCUGGACUUUAUAUAUUCUUCCAACUGCGAUGUAAACGACGUUGACGAAGCCUUUGAAAUCAUUAAAGCAGCUCGUCUUAUUGAGUUGGAUUCUCUUUGCGAGAUUAUGUUUGGAUACUUGAGACCAAAAAUCGAUUUUGAUACAUUUUGGCCUAUUUUUUCUUUAGCAGUCGAUUAUGAUUGUAUACCGACAAUAAUGGCUGGCAAGGAGUUUGUGAAAACGAACGCUAAAGAAUUUUAUAGCUGUGCCUUUUCUUUCGAAAGAGACGCAGCGGAUAUUUUGAAAUCCCAGUCCCAGGAUACUAGCAGCUCAGAUAUCUCCAACCUAGCUUCUAGUGUUAUUCAACUUGGUCUCGAUGAAACAAAACAAAAGAAAGAUAAAGAUACCCUAGAGAAGCUUACCAAAAAUGCUCAUGAUCUGUUUGAAUUUACCAUUGCGUGUCAUACAGAAAUGACAUAUUGGAAAACGUCGAAAUAA